AUGCGACGGCCGGAGCUUGAGUUUCCCUAUGAACUUCCCAGCGAACUUCCCGGGGAGGACAGCAAUGGACUAUCUCACAGCCAUGGAUCGACUUCAACUACACAAGUCGACGUUGAGCCGGACAAGGACGAGCGUAACAACGGGCUACAACCGCUUCAAGCGGAGCAAAUAGGAAACAAUAACUCGAGGGAUGCUGCAGAGAAAACUGUUGCUGCUACGACACAGCUGGCACAGGGGCCUGGCGCACCUCCAGAUGGUGGAAUGAAAGCAUGGCUGACCGUUCUGGGUGGCUUCUGUGCCAUGUUCGUCAGUUUCGGCUGGGUCAACUGCAUGGGCAUAUUCAUCGAUUAUUACAAGACACACCAGUUGAAGGACGAGACUACUAGCACAGUGACAUGGGUCACCUCGCUGAUGACUUUCAUGAUGUUUUUCGGAGGCCCCUUUGUCGGGAUACUUUUCGACAACUUCGGCCCCCGAUACAUCAUGCUAGCCGGCACAUUCUUCCACGUCUUCGGGCUCAUGAUGAUCUCCAUCUCAUCGGAGUACUAUCAAUUCCUCCUGGCACAAGGCAUCUGCAGCCCCAUCGGCACCAGUGCUCUCUUCCACUGCAGCAUCACCUCUAUCAGCACCUGGUUUGGCCGGCGGCGGGCCCUCGCCCUGGGCAUCGCAACCAGCGGAGCGAGUCUGGGGGGCGUCAUCCUCCCCAUCAUGCUAACCCGGCUGUUCGCCCAGCUCGACUUCGGCUGGGCGGUGCGAAUCUGCGCCUUCCUGAUCCUCUUCUGCCUAAUCAUCGCCAACUGCACGCUGCAAUCCCGGCUCCAACACCGGCGCAAACCAUUCCACUUCAUCGACUUCGUGCGGCCCCUCCGCGAGAUCCCCUUUCUCCUCACCACAGCGGGCACAUUCUGUUUCUUCUGGGGCAUGUUCCUCCCCUUCUCGUUCAUCCCAAGCCAAGCCCAAAAGAACGGCAUGUCCGCCACUCUAGCAUCGUAUCUAAUUCCUGUCAUGAAUGCCGCAAGCACCCCAGGCCGCAUCAUACCCCCCUACCUCGCCGAUCUCUUCGGCCGCUUCAACCUCAUGAUCCUGAUGACCUUCUUCUCGGUGAUCCUGGUCCUGGCCCUCUGGCUCCCCACCCACGGCAACGUCCCCUCCAUUCUUUUCAGCGCCCUCUACGGCUUCAGCUCCGGCACCGCCGUCUCCCUGGCCCCCGCGCUGGUCGCCCAGAUCUCCGAGAUUCGCGAGAUCGGCGUCCGCAGCGGCACCUAUUUCUUUAUCGUCUCAUUCGCCGCCCUCACCGGCACGCCGAUUGCCGGCGCCCUGCUCCCUGACCCCCUGCAUGGCUCGUAUCUGAAGCUCAAUAUCUUCUGCGCUGUGGUCAUGUUCUCUGGGGUCGUGUUUUAUUGUCUUGCUAAGGGGUCGAUUAGUGGGUGGAGGAUUGGGAAGAAGGUUUAG